AUGAGUGCCCAGCAGAGCCCGGCGAACAUGCAGUCCGUGGACAGAGAAAAGAUUUUUACAUGGAUCCUGGAGCUUUGUAACCCUGAGACUAGAGAAAAUGCCUUACUGGAGCUUAGCAAAAAACGUGAGAAUGUACCAGAUUUAGCCCCUAUGUUGUGGCACAGUUUUGGUACCAUUGCUGCGCUUCUGCAAGAAAUCACCAAUAUCUACGUGGCUAUGAUUCCGCCAACUCUCACGGCUCACCAAAGCAACAGGGUCUGUAAUGCCUUGGCGCUCAUGCAAUGCGUUGCGUCGCACCCUGAGACGCGUUCGGCCUUCCUACAAGCACACGUUCCGUUAUUCCUUUAUCCAUUCCUCCACACGGUAUCCAAAACACGCCCUUUCGAAUAUUUACGCCUUACUAGCCUUGGAGUGAUUGGAGCCCUAGUUAAAACUGAUGAGCAGGAAGUAAUUACUUUUCUGCUUACCACUGAAAUAAUACCAUUGUGUUUGCGUAUUAUGGAAAACGGAUCUGAACUCUCCAAGACUGUUGCCACCUUCAUUUUACAAAAGAUAUUGCUAGAUGAUAGUGGACUUUGUUAUAUUUGCCAAACAUAUGACAGGUUUUCUCAUGUGGCUAUGAUAUUAGGAAAAAUGGUUUUGUCUCUUGCUAAAGAUCCAUCUGCUCGGUUGUUAAAGCAUGUUGUCAGGUGCUAUUUGCGUCUAUCGGACAAUCCAAGAGCUAGAGAGGCAUUAAGGCAGUGUCUACCAGACCAGUUGAGAGAUUCUACAUUUGCUGCAUGUCUUCAGGAAGAUAAUUCAACUAAACACUGGUUGGCUCAGCUCAUUAAGAAUUUGGAAGCUCAGCCCACACCGGCCAGUCCAGCCCCACAGAACAUGUACAAAACAAGAUGA